CUCAGGGCAGCCAUGGCCAGGCACUGUGGGGCAAUGGCAACCAGGAUCCAGGCAAGACUGAACACUGUCUGCUCUUCCCGCUGGCUGCAGGACUGGCAUCUGUCCCUGGGGCUAUCAGGAGCACGUUUGACCCACGCCGGGGCUGCAGAGCGGCUGCAGCGGGAGUACGACGCGGUGGUGAUCGGGGCAGGGCACAACGGGCUGGUGGCAGCUGCCUACCUGCAGCAGGCAGGGGUGCGCACAGCUGUGCUGGAGAAGCGCCACGUGCUGGGCAGUGCAGCUGUCACAGAGGAGAUUGUGCCAGGGUUCAAGUUCCCCCGGGCGUCGUACCUGCUCAGCCUGCUGCGGCCACAAAUCUAUGCCGAGCUGGAGCUACAGCGGCAUGGCCUGAGGGUGCUCCCACGGGACCCCUACUCCUUCACCCCACUGCUGGAGGACAGCAGCCCUCCUCGCUCCCUCCUGCUGGGACACAACAUGGCCCAGAAUCAGCAGCAGAUUGCUCAGUUCUCCCAGAAGGAUGCCCAGGCUUACCCUGAGUAUGAGGCAUUCAUGGGGGGCAUGGUGUCGGCCCUUGACCCACUGCUGGAUUCUCCUCCAGUGGAUACAGCUGCCCUGGGGAAGGGGUCCCUGCUGCAGCAGCUCAGGAACCUGCGAGCCCUGUGGCCCCUGCUGCAGGCAGGACUGGCGCUCGGCCAGCAGCUGCCCCGCUAUUACGAGGUGCUCACAGCUCCCAUCUCCAAGAUCCUGGAUCAGUGGUUUGAGUCAGAGCCCCUGAAGGCAACUCUGGCUACUGACGCGGUGAUUGGAGCCAUGACUAGCCCCCACACCCCCGGCAGCGGGUACGUGCUGUUGCACCAUGUCAUGGGCGAGCUAGAGGGACGGCGGGGAGCCUGGGGCUACGUGGCAGGUGGGAUGGGAGCCCUGUCCCAAGCCAUUGCCAACGCAGCGACAGCCCGGGGAGCCCACAUCUUUGCUGAGAAGACAGUGUGCCACGUGCUGCUGGGCAGGGACGGGCGGGCACAGGGUGUUGCGCUGCAGGAUGGUACAGAGGUGAGGAGUAAACUGGUGCUCUCCAAUGCCUCCCCCCAAAUCACUUUCCUGGAACUCAUUCCUCAGAAGCAGCUGCCGAAGGAUUUUGUCCAGCGGAUCCGGCAGGUUGACACACGCUCCCCCGUCACCAAGAUCAAUGUGGCAGUGGAUCGGCUGCCCAGCUUCCUGGCUGCCCCCAAUGCCCAUGACGGCCAGCCCCUGCCCCACCACCAGUGCUCCAUACAUCUCAACUGCGAGAACACCCACCUCCUGCAUCAGGCGUUCACCGAGGCUACCCACGGACACCCCUCCAACAGGCCCAUGAUCGAGCUCUGCAUCCCCUCAGCGCUGGACCCAGGACUGGCCCCACAGGGCUGCCACGUUGUGUCCCUCUUCACCCAGUACACCCCAUCCGUGUUGGCAGAUGGUCAGUCCUGGGACGAGCAGGCCAGAAAUGCAUAUGCAGACAGGGUGUUCGACUGCAUUGAAGACUAUGCCCCAGGAUUUAAGGCAUCCGUCAUUGGCAGGGAUAUCCUGACACCACCAGACCUGGAGAGGAUCUUCGGACUGCCCGGUGGAAACAUCUUCCACGGAGGGAUGUCUCUGGACCAGCUGUACUUUGCCCGGCCAGCACCAUCUUACUCUGGCUACCGGUCCCCAAUUCCUGGCUUGUACCUGUGUGGAAGUGGAGCCCACCCUGGAGGAGGAGUGAUGGGAGCAGCAGGACGUAAUGCUGCCCAGGUGGCCCUCAAGGACUUCAGGAGCUUCUGAUGACAGUGGUGACACUGACUUCACCAAUACAGGCUUGUAGCAGCAGCAAGCCUCAUUGAUCCCAUGCAGAGCCCUGUCCAUCCCCAAAUUGCUUACCAGACACCUCAGAGCAGCAUCCCCAGAGAGAUGAGGGUACAGUCUGGCAGGGUCCCCUGUGCUCUCAGCUGCUACUAUCUUGAACAGGUGACUUCUCCCAGCCUACCACAGCCCAGCUUUGCUGCAGUGACUUGUGCACUGUGUGACCCUGGUAAGCCUCACUCAGCCCCUGCCUGUGCCCAUGGAAAUAAACCUUGGCCCAGGCUCUGUCAUGA